GGCGCUCACGAAUUGAAUAACGGAACGAAACAACUCACCCGUUCAUACUUGAAAGUCGAAGAGCAGGGCGCGCGAGGUUUUGGAUCGAUCCUUGCGUCGGCUUAAACGGAGGUAGGAAGGGAGUUUUGCUGUUUUGCCAAGUCGAUGCCGUCUCUAGACUCUCCCCUCAAGCGCCAUGCAGAAAGCGACCUCGAAGGAGAGCCUCCAAUCAAGAAACUCGAAUUACUGCAUUUAGGCUCAACAGUCUCCGCAGACGAGCAAGCUAAACAGCAAGAUGAACUGACCGAUAGUGACAACGUCAUGAUGUUAGACGAUACGAAGCAUACGAGUUAUAUUUACGAUAUCGAGCGCGAAUUAGCCAGUAUUGAAGCCGAGGAAAAACGGAUAUCUUUUCUCCCCGAUAUUGAAAAAGCGUUGAACGCGAUCCCCAAGUCCAUACUCUCGGAACCAAAGCCGGAACAGAACGAGCUCGUCCUCUAUCGCGUGCCACGCUCGCUGACAGUUGCCGAGGAUCAAGAUAACGUUCGGAAAGCCAUAAUUGAGUCGCGAGCGAGAGCUAGGGCACGACAUACGGAGCGCAGCACGUAUUCGCCUUCGAUAGUUCCUCCAUCUGAUGAUAGGGACAAUUUGGUAUUCACAUUCGAAGCAGACGACGUGAUGGACGUAGAUUCCCUGCAAUAAUGACUAUCCUUUCCGACUUAACGGGACUGUCAUUGUUAAGACACCUUUCAUCAACGCUUGUCGGGGUUGUCCUUCUGUAAUAUCAUUCAUUCAACGACGCAAGCUAGGGUAUGGGAUCAUAGAGCUCUUUUUGGCGUUGGGGCGAAAUGUAUAGCAAAGUAGUGU